AUGGCGAUGCGGGGGAUGCGGCUGCCUCCGGUACCGAGCCCGUUCACUAUGGCCACAGCGGGAUGGAGCCUGCUCCGUGCCGCCGCCAGGCACAGUUUCAGAUGCUCCCAUCUCCUCGCACGCUCCAGUUCUCCGCACUCCCCACCAGUUGCUUUAGCCCAAGCAGUGGAUCCUGGUUUAAGCUGGACCUGUGCAAGACACUCUGAGAACCAUCUGUGCUGUGCUCCCGUGGGUACCAUCCUGCCCCAUCCACUGCCUGCAUCCCUGCGGACAUUCCACACCUCCAUCCGCUCACACCAGGAAGAACCCGUAUCCCGCAGCGAUGUGACCCAUAAGGCUCAUCCCAACACAGCUCCAGACACAGAGAGGCCCAAGGGGACGAGGUCUUUACGCCAACGAGUUGUGGGGGAACUGAAGCAUUAUUACAAUGGCUUCCACUUGCUUUGGAUCGACACGAAGGUGGCUGCCAGGAUGGUGUGGAGGCUGCUACAUGGCCAGGUCCUCACUAGGAGGGAGAGAAGAAGGCUGCUGAGAACUUGUGCAGAUCUCUUCCGCCUGGUUCCCUUCCUGGUGUUUGUCAUUGUCCCCUUCAUGGAGUUCCUGUUGCCUGUGUUCCUGAAGCUCUUUCCCGAAAUGCUGCCCUCAACGUUUGAGACAGAGUCAAAGAAGGUUUGUGUCCUUCCUGAGGGCAUCCUCCAACUCAUCAGAGCAUCUCUACAGCUGCACACAGGAGCUCUUGUUUCCUGCCUGGUGCUGUGGCCCUAA